ACUGCGCAGGCGCGGCUCGCAAGCGUGCGGUGUCUCAAGGCUGCCUGGCUGCAGGCGCUCAGAAGCGCCGGGAUUUGUGGCCUGCGAUCGGCGAGCACCAGCCACGCACUGUCUGAGGUAGCUAGGUGCGGUGAGCUGAACUUCCCCGCGCCCCAGGCUGUAUGGCCAUGGAGAACCAGGUACUGACACCACACGUUUACUGGGCUCAACGACACCGCGAGCUGUAUCUGCGCGUGGAGCUGAGUGAUGUGCAGAAUCCUGCCAUCAGCAUCACUGAAAAUGUGCUGCAUUUCAAAGCUCAAGGACACGGUGCCAAAGGGGACAAUAUCUAUGAAUUUCACCUGGAGUUCCUGGACCCCGUGAAGCCAGAGCCUGUGUACAAACUGACCGAGAGGCAGGUAAAUAUAAGGGUACAGAAGAAGGUGAGUCAGUGGUGGGAGAGACUCACCAAGCAGGAGAAGCGUCCACUGUUUUUGGCCCCUGACUUCGAUCGCUGGCUGGAUGAAUCUGAUGCAGAAAUGGAGCUCAGAGCCAAGGAAGAAGAACGCCUAAAUAAACUCAGAAUGGAAAGUGAAGGCUCCCCUGAAACUCUUGCAAGCAUGAAGAAAGGAUACCUGUUCAUGUAUAACCUUGUGCAGUUCUUGGGAUUUUCCUGGAUCUUUGUCAACCUGACUGUGCGAUUCUUUAUCUUAGGAAAAGAGUCCUUCUAUGAUACAUUUCACACCGUGGCUGACAUGAUGUAUUUCUGCCAGAUGCUGGCAGCUGUGGAGACUAUCAAUGCAGCAAUCGGAGUCACAAAGUCACCAGUGAUGCCUUCUCUUCUGCAGCUUCUUGGAAGAAACUUCAUUUUGUUUAUCAUCUUUGGCACCGUGGAAGAAAUGCAAAACAGAGCUGUUGUUUUCUUUGUGUUUUACCUGUGGAGCACAAUAGAAAUUUUCAGGUACCCCUUCUACAUGCUUACUUGCAUUGACAUGGAUUGGAAGGUACUCACAUGGCUGCGCUAUUCUGUGUGGAUUCCCUUAUAUCCUCUAGGAUGUUUGGCAGAAGCUAUCUCCGUGAUCCAGUCCAUUCCAGUGUUCAACGAAACAGGAAGAUUCAGUUUCACGUUGCCGUAUCCAAUGAAAGUCAAAGUUCGAUUUUCCUUUUUCCUUCAGAUUUACCUAAUCGUAUUAUUCUUAGGGUUAUACAUAAAUUUCCGUCACCUUUAUAAACAGCGCAGACGGCGCUAUGGACAGAAGAAGAAAAAGAUCCACUAAGAAGAGAUUUGGAGGGCUUCUUUCCAGUUUGAGGCUUAUCUGUGAUUCUUAACAGUUUUACCUUCUUGUACUGAUGCAAAAGUUUUUUUUAAGUUAAAAUGAUUUAAUUCUCCAUGAGGCU